UACCUCCAAAAUCAGAAGAGGAAAGACUUCCCUGAAAAGGAGUGGAAAAGCCCUCCCCUCCUAUCAGCAAAUUCAAUUUUCUUAAGUACCAAGCAAUACAAUUUCUCGCUUUCCUAGUAUUGAUUCCCCUGCUACUACUGAGUGCUGACAAGGUCGAACUUAGCUUUUGAGAAACUUGAGAGUGUAAUCAUUCUGCAAUUUGGGUGCCUUGCCUUCCCAAUGAUGAAAAAUAUCUCUAAUGCUUUUGCUCUCCUUGAUUUGGAUGUUGAAGAUAACACAGAAGAAAUAGUCUAUAAACCUCGGCAAAAGGAUGGCAAUUGUUCCGUUGAUUCAGGUAAGUGCAAGCAGCAAAGUUCCAACAUGGAUCCAAUUACAUCACGGAAAAAGAAAAAACAAGAUCGCCAAGAGCUUCUAGAGCCUUCAGAAUGUUACAAGUGGCCACUUGUGUGGAUUGACUUGGAAAUGACUGGUUUGAACCUUGAAGUGGAUAGAAUAUUGGAGAUCGCUUGCAUAAUUACUGAUGGGAAAUUGACAAAAGUGUUGGAGGGCCCAGAUUUUAUAAUCUAUCAAUCGAAGGAGUGCCUUGAAAAUAUGGGAGAAUGGUGUCAGAAGCAACAUGCUGCUAGUGGGUUGACUGCGAAGGUACUCCAAAGCACAAUUAAUGAACAGGACGCUGAGAAACAGGUUAUAGAGUUCAUUAAAAAAAAUGUUGGAACAUAUCAACCUGUUUUAGCCGGCAAUUCUGUGUAUGUGGAUUUUUCAUAUCUGAAGAAAUACAUGCCGACACUAGCUGGCCUUUUCUCUCAUGUUCUUAUCGACGUUAGCAGUGUUAAAGCACUAUGCCUCCGAUGGUAUCCUAAAGAAUUUCGUAAAGCUCCUGCAAAGAAGAACACACACAGAGCAAUGGAUGAUAUCAAGGAAAGUAUUCAAGAACUCAAGUACUUGAAGGAUGCGAUCUUUAAGGGUUCUAAGAAGUGAAAAGGUUUAUUAUUUAUCUAUUAUUUGUACACCUUUUGUGCUGUCAAAUCUCAACUAUUUUUGAGUUGGAGUGUAUGUAGAGACAAUUUUAAGAAUGGGAAGGAGAAAUGUGCACCCAUAUGGUUUUUCAUGGCACUGAUGAAUAUCACAUGUUAUGGGGACAAUUUUGAAUCCUGCAGGCUAGCCUAGUUAUUUGGGUUUUAGUGCUCUUGGUGCAUGGGGGUUCUUGCAGACGGGCGAGCGGAUGACAAUUGGAAUUAAUGAUCACUUUUACUGGCGAAGAACAAGAGUCAUAGUUCAGAAUAUCUGCAGGAUGCUUGCCAGUCGUAAUUUCAGAGCUGAUUUUAUGUAUAUUAUAAACCAGCAACUGAUUACCUGUAAAUUACAGGGCUGCACUUGACUUGGGGAUCAAUGAAGAACAUAGUUAUAAUUGAUCAGUAAUAUUUCUGCA